AUGCAUAUGGGUCUAUCAGGAACUUGUUCCAGUGCAUUUGGGGUUGUUGCUGCAGCAGCUCUACUUCUUCCUCUUCAGUUGUGCCUCCUUACUGCAGCUGCAGCCGCCUCUGGAGCUGGAGUUCUCAGUAACGAGACGGAUCGCAUGGCAUUGCUGGAGUUCAAGGCCAUGAUCUCUAGCGACCCUUUGAGGGCUCUGAGCUCAUGGAACGAUUCCACCCACUUCUGUCAGUGGUAUGGCGUGUCUUGUUCCAAAAGACAUGUAGGCAGGGUCACGGUUCUGGACCUGCGCUCUCAGAAGUUGGCGGGCUCCAUUUCGCCUUACAACAAUCUCAGCUUCUUGAAGAGGCUUUAUCUACACAACAACAGCUUCAGCAAAGGGAUCCCUCCUGAAAUCGGCAGCCUAUGCAGAUUGGAAUGGUUGUACCUUUACAACAACUCGCUCACCGGUGAGAUCCCAUCCAACCUCCUCUCGCCAUGCUCGGCCCUCACUAUGUUCCAGGCCGCCAAUAACAAAUUGGUGGGCGAGCUGCCACGACUGCUGAAUGACUCCAUGAAUAGUAGGCUUGGGAUCUUUAUAGCACACAUUAACAAUCUAACUGGAAGCAUUCCUCCUUCCUAUGGCAACUUGUCAUCUCUUCGGAUACUUUCACUAGGCGAGAACGGGCUCAGUGGGAGAGUUCCUGAAACUCUAGGCCAGAUGAAGAGUCUCAUGGUACUGCAACUGAAUCUCAACAACUUCUCUGGUGAAAUCCCUGCUUCCAUAUUCAACAUUUCUUCCCUGGGAAGUGUGGCCUUUGCUGUGAAUCAGAUUCAUGGCAGUCUUCCCACGAACCUGGGGAAAUCGCUUCCGAAUCUUUUCGAGUUGGCUGUGUCUUCUAACCAACUUACUGGCAGUGUUCCAGCUUCCUUAUCCAAUGCUUCGAACAUGGUUACACUUCAACUCCAAUACAACAAUUUCACGGGGAGUAUGCCCAGCAUGGCAGGCUGUCGCAACCUCAGGGUCUUUCUUAUGAAAGGACCUUUCUUGGGAGAAGGGCAAUCGGUGAUCUAA